AGAAAGGCCUGUCCCCCUCGGCCGCCCCUGGUUUCCCCCUGAUGCUGCAUCCGCCCAAACAUUCGCUGCGUUUAGUGAAGGGCAGCGCCUCGUCGUGGACGGUGGUGGCGCCUGUGCCGUUGAUGCCCGCGGCAGCCACAAACCCCUGGUGCAGACGGCGACGGGACUCCCCCCAACGGUGAUCUCAUCGGCUACAUCGCAGCAGCCGAUGAAGCUGGCGGCAGUGCUGGCAGCCAAGCAGAAACCCAAGAUCGCGACGACAGGGAUGACUCCGCCGACGCGCCGAGGAAGGCCGCCCGUUAAGAAGGGGAAGGGACGGGGCAAAGGUUGGCGGAAGGGCCUGGGGAAGAAGGCGGAGAGCGUGCAGAGUGGAUCGUCGUCGGCCACAACGACGGAUGCCGAGUCGUUUAGAUCCGAUGCCGAUACUGGCGAAGGGACGUCUUCGGGAUUCUCUCAGCAGCCCGACUCGGUGAUAUCCUCCUCUGUGCGGGAGGAUUCUGUAUCGGGUGAAGCGGACAGCGGAGUGGGUCCGCUCUUCACCGCCGCUCAGAAGGAAGCCAUGGCCGAUCACUACGGAGACACUGGCACCGCUCUCCGCUACACAGCCCUGAAGGAAUGGUGCAUGUCCAAGGGCGCAUCGCUCCUGCAUGCCGGAUCCGUGAGGAAUAAAUUCCGCGCUCUCCUUCAGGACGGAAUUGAUCGGGAAGAAGCGGGUGGGAUUGGUGUGGAAACGGUGGAACGUGUGAAGGAGGCAAUGGGACGUGUCCGGGAUCCGCACUUGGAGGAGUUCAAACGACAGAUUUGUCUGGAGAUUAUCCGCUCCAGGAAUCCGCAGUAUGGCGUACUGAGGAAGGAGGUCGAGCGCACUAAGGAUCCCACUUGAAUGUGAUCGCUUGGACACCGCAGAUCGCUUGAAUGGGAAGGUGGACUGCUACCCAUAAUCCACUGCUUUCGUGAUAAAGAAGUACUUAACUGAAAACAAUCAGUAAAUCUGAAUAUACUUCUGCUUUCUCUCACAAAUUAUAAUAAUUGUUUUUGAUAUGACUUUGCUCGAUUUUUUCAGUUCUUUUCUACAGCUCGGCAUUUUACAUGUUUUAUAGUGUUUUAAUUGUUCAAGCUGCUUGCUUUGCUGGAUUUUUGUCUUGAUCUCAUUAGAACUUCAGAAAACCCAGUUUGAGAGUCGCAGUUACUUUAGCAGAUAUAUGUUAACGCAAGAACUUACUACAGGUAGACGUCUGCCGACUUACAUAACUUGGCAUA